AUGGGGAACUGCAACGCGUGUGUGAGAGAUGACGUGGCAGAGUCAAACCGCGGGAGAAAGAAGAAAACCAAACCGAACCCUUACGCGGAGGAGACGCUCCGUUCUGGCGUUCCGAUCCGCGUGCUGAAGGACGUGACGUCGCGGAGCCUCAUCGGAGACAAGUACGUGAUAGGUCGGGAGCUAGGUCGGGGGGAGUUCGGGAUAACCUACCUGUGCACGGACCGGGAGACGAAGCAGGAGCUCGCCUGCAAGUCCAUCUCAAAGCGCAAGCUGAGGACCGCAGUGGACGUCGAGGACGUCCGCCGCGAGGUCGCUAUCAUGUCCACGCUGCCGGACCAUGCCAACGUCGUGAAGCUCAAAGCCACUUAUGAGGACCAAGAGAACGUUCACCUCGUCAUGGAGCUUUGCGCCGGUGGCGAGCUCUUCGACCGGAUCGUCGCACGUGGCCAUUACAGCGAGCGUGCGGCCGCGCACGUUGCGAGAACCAUUGCUGAGGUCGUCAGAAUGUGUCACGCCAAUGGCGUCAUGCAUCGAGACCUUAAGCCCGAGAAUUUCCUCUUUGCGAAUAAGAAGGAGAACUCUGUACUUAAGGCCAUUGAUUUUGGUCUCUCCGUGUUUUUCAAACCUGGGGAGAGAUUUUCAGAGAUUGUGGGGAGUCCUUACUAUAUGGCACCGGAGGUAUUGAAGAGGAAUUAUGGGCCAGAAGUUGAUGUGUGGAGUGCUGGGGUGAUUCUUUAUAUUUUGUUGUGUGGGGUUCCUCCGUUUUGGGCAGAGGACGAAAGAGGGGUGGCUUUAGCGAUUUUGAGGGGAGUGAUUGACUUCAAGAGAGAACCAUGGCCUCAGAUUUCUGCAAGUGCUAAGAGCCUCGUGCGCCAGAUGUUGGAGCCUGAUCCUAAGAAGCGCUUGACGGCUGAACAGGUGCUUGAACAUCCCUGGUUGCAAAAUGCAAAGAAAGCUUCAAAUGUUCCGUUAGGAGAUAUUGUGAGGACUAGGCUUAAGCAGUUCUCUGUCAUGAAUAGAUUCAAAAAGAGGGCCCUUCGGGUAAUUGCAGAGCAUUUAUCUGUUGAAGAGGUAGAAAUCAUCAAAGACAUGUUUACAUUGAUGGAUACUGACAAAGAUGGCAAAGUAACAUACGACGAACUGAAGGCUGGGUUACGGAAGGUUGGUUCACAAUUGGCUGAGCCAGAGAUUAAGAUGCUGAUGGAUGUGGCCGAUGUUGAUGGGAAUGGAGUACUUGACUAUGGAGAGUUCGUAGCCGUGACAAUUCACUUGCAAAGAAUGGAGAAUGAUGAACAUUUCCGAAGAGCAUUCAUGUUUUUUGACAAAGACGGGAGUGGCUAUAUUGAGUUAGGGGAGCUAGAGACAGCAUUAUUAGAUGAGUCUGGAGAAAACGAUACUGCUGUAUUGAAUGACAUCAUGCGUGAAGUUGACACGGACAAGGACGGUCGCAUCAGUUAUGAAGAGUUUGUGGCCAUGAUGAAAACUGGAACAGAUUGGAGAAAAGCAUCUAGACAGUAUUCAAGGGAGAGGUUCAAGAGCUUGAGCAUAAAUUUGAUGAAGGAUGGCUCACUUCAGCUUCAUGACGGUAUUAGUGGUCAGGCUGUAGUGGUUUGA